CUCUGCACAGGUCGGUCCAAGAGCUGCCUCCUUCGCCCCUGACUGCUGCGGUGCCGCUCUCCGAGAGACUCGGCUCAGCAAUAGGUGCGGGGCUACGCCGAAGCGGCCUCUGCGGCUGAUAAGCUGCGGCAAGCUCUCAAGGUCUCUCAUCAACGUGGCGGCGGCCGGCCCCUGUGCCUGAAGGAGCUGUGGGCGAGACGCGGCGCCAGACCAACGCGACCCAAGGCUACCUCGGCGGACUUUGACCCCUCAGCAUCAUCAGCAUGACCAAGGCAAGCUCCUCUUCCGCUGCCACUGCUGCUCGGCCGCCGUGCGAUGCCCGCCUGCUGCUCGGCAGUGCAGAUGCCACGGCUGGCCCAAGCUCGGCCGCGGCGCUGGCCCCACUGCCACGCAGCCUCUCCGGCCUGCCGCAGCAGCGCGAAGAAGACGAGUGGCUGCCGCUGGCCGAGUGCACGGCCUAUGCGCCGCUGGACGCCUGGCUCGAGGUGAUGGUCUCGCUGGUGCACCAUCCCGAGCGCAACUCGAGCACCAUCCUGCGCGCCGACGUGCUCGCCGACGAGGACGCCGACGACGAUGCGGCGGGGCCGUCAUCGUCGGCGGACUGGCGACGCUUCAAGCGCGUACACCGCCGCCUGCUGCCGCGCCGCUCGAUGGACUGGCCGAUGGAGCAGGAGUGCAGCUUCUACACGCAAGAGCCCUCGACGCAGGAUGCUCUCGUCGUGUACACGCAGUACCGCUCGCGCACAAGCCGCACGGCGCUUGGCGAGGCACGCGGUACAGCGCCAAGCAGUACGCAGCCAGACGACGGCGAGCAGCCCGCCGAGCUGCCCGAGUCUGCCGACGAGGUGCCGUACUACCACCCAGCCGUGCGGGCUCUGUCAUUCCAGUUCGACGCCUCGUCGGCCGACGCACUCAGCACGCCGCCUCGCUUCGGCGCGCUGCGAGUCUUCUACAUCGGCUUCCCGACCACGCCGUCGCCCUUGCCGGCCGACGACCGUCUGGCACGCACGGCGCUCAUGCUGCUCAAGGUACAACACAUGCACUCCUGGGGCACGGCGCACGACUACGUCAAGCGCGUGCACCACGACGUCCUCGUGCCGCGCGUGCUCUACCUCGACACAUACCUUGCGCUCAAGGAGCGACACACGGCGCGCCUCAUCGCGACGUGGGCGGAGACGACGAACCCCGCCAAGCACGUCUUUGAGGAUCUUGGCAUCGCGGCAUGGCUGAUGUGCCUCUGGAAGGGCAUGUACGAGUCGACCGCGGCGUCAGACGACCGGCCAUGGAGCACGUGGGGCAGGCCUGAGGGCGGCUUCGUCGAUCUCGGCUGCGGCAACGGGCUGCUGGUGCACAUCCUCAACGCAGAGGGCUAUGUUGGCUACGGCAUGGAUCUGCGAGAGCGCAAGUCCUGGGAGGGCUACCGCGCUGCUCCUGGAGGUGCAGACCUGCGCACCGUGUCCAUCGACGUCGCUGAGCUAGUCAUCUGCUUGCUGAGCGGCGGGCAGGAGACAGCCGCAGUUCGCGAAGCCACACCACCCGAGGGCUCGUUCCUCAUCGGCAACCACGCCGACGAGCUGACGCCGUGGCUGCCGCUGCUGGCAGCUGCAACGCCACGCUCUGCGUUCGUCAACAUGCCGUGCUGCUUCUGGAAGCUCGGCGGCGACCGCUUCACAGACGCACGCCUCAAGCUGAUGACGGACGAGCAGCUGCGCCAGGCUCUCGGCCUGGACGGCGACGACUCGGAGGCCGCAGCGCAACUGCUUGCGGCCACGCAGACGGAGCUCGAGCGCGGUCCAUUCUCGCCCAGCGCAGACAGCCCGGCAACUGCCUCGCGCUCGCGCAAUGUCGCGUACCUUGCGUACGUGUCGCGCCUGCACCUGCUGGCCGGCUGGCAUCUCGAGAAGGAGGCGCUGCGCAUCCCGAGCACGCGCAAUUGGGCGAUGCUCGGUCGGCGGCGCGUCUGGGAGCGUCCAUGGGGUCGCGAGGCUGAGCCGGGCCCAGACAGCGAGGCGUGGGCCACGACGCUGCAGGCCGAGGUGCGAGAGCGAGCUCUGUCGGACGCUCGCGCCGCGGCAGCGCACUGGAAAGCGCGCGUGCCCGAGGGCAACGCAGGCAAGGGCGCGAGCCACUGAGAGAUGAUGCGUGAGGC